GCCCAUUUGUACACACUCCGAGUGAGCUAAGUCAAAUCAAAACAAACCCUAGAAAGCUCCAAACUCAGAGCACCGAUCAAGAGAAUCAAAUCAAUGGCGGACGAGGUGAUACUGCUGGACAAAUGGGUGAGCCCGUUCGGGAUGCGGGUGAGGAUCGCUCUGGCUGAGAAGGGGAUCAAGUACGAGUACAGGGACGAAGAUUUGAGGAACAAGGGCGAGCUGCUGCUGAAGAUGAACCCGAUUCACAAGAAGAUCCCGGUUCUGAUUCACAACGGGAAGCCAGUCUGCGAGUCGAACAUCAUCGUUCAGUAUGUGGAUGAGGUUUGGCACGACAAGGCUCCAUUGUUGCCCUCUGAUCCUUACCUCAGAGCUCAAGCUAGGUUCUGGGCUGAUUUCGUCGAUAAGAAGGUUAUGUACGAUACAGGGAGGAAGCUAUGGACGACGAAAGGGGACGAGCAUAAGUCAGCAACAGAGGAGUUCAUCGGGUACCUAAAGACACUGGAAGCAGAGCUAGGAGACAAGCCAUAUUUCGGAGGGGAGAAGAUGGGCUAUGUGGAUGUGACAAUGAUACCAUUCUACUCAUGGUUCCACACCUUUGAAGUCAGUGGCAACUUCAGCAUUGAAUCCCACUGCCCCAAGCUGGUGGCAUGGGCGAAGAGGUGCAUGCAGCACGAGAGCGUGUCGAAAACCCUUCCCGAGCCCGAGAAGAUCUAUGAGUUCGUUCUGCAGAUGAAAAAGAGGCUAGGGAUUGAGUAAGUGAAGAGUCUUCUAUAGAUUCUUCUCCUAGUGUUAGUUCCAAGUCCAAAUGGAGCUAGCUAGUCUGUAUUUUUUAAGUGCUGUGAGUUGAGGAAAUAAAGGAAAGGCACUUUGAUGUUUGUAUGUGCCUUUAGGAUUGUAGGGUUGGUGUGCCUUAUGGAAGUGGCACUUAAAUGUGCCAUUCAUGAGUCUACUGUGGUUGAGUGGUGUAUCAGUACUGUAAUGUUGAACCAUUUUGGCAGUGUUGGGUGUAGUUUCAGAUCCUCCAGUGCAGUUAGCACUUAAAUGUCACAUUACUAUUUAAGUGAUUCGGAAGUUUUCCAGUAGAAAGAUUUUCACUCUAUAGAAUUCUCACCUCAGAAACAACAUUUUCAUA